CAAGUAUAAAAAAGGGAGGUGGAUUUGCCCCAACCUUCAGUGCAUGUUAAAACAGCCAGCAAGUUAUCAUUAACCUGUCUUUGCACUGGCACAGACAAACACUUAUUGGUUUGUUUCUUUUUCUCUUACAAUCACAUUCCCAUACAGAACCUAGAAUGUGGAAUUUACUUCGGUUUCUCACUUCUGGAUUAUUGGCUGUUGUCAGUCCAGAUGCCUCGAAAGUUGAGUAUCGUUCUUGCAGCUAUGCUGGUGUGUUUCAUGUGCGGGUCAGUUCCAAUUCCUCGCUGACCUCUCAGCUUGCGGAUGAGCUGUGUCAAAGCCUGUUCAGCAGCCUUGCCAGCGAGGAACAGAUAAGAGAGGCCUAUAGCAAAGGACUGGACACAUGCAGGUAUGGAUGGAUCAACGACCAGAGAAUCUUAAUGCUCCAACAUGAAGUUCAGCCAGACUGCCCCUCCAAUGGAACAGGGGUGAUUUUUCUUGAGGACACACCAGAGUCUGUCUUAGAUGCCUACUGCUAUGACACGUCAGUUACAUCAGAUUUGGACUGUGACGAGACCAUGAUUUCUGGAUCUGUUACACCACCAGACGCACAGACAACAAAAGAGUCUACAGCAGUAACAUCUAGUCCUGCUGCUAGUGACAAUGUUAUCAAAAAGGCCACAACAGAAAAUUCUUUAGAAGGGGACGGCCUGGAGACCAAAAACCCAACAGUUCAAACAGACACGGAAAUAACCCCUGAUGCAGUAGAGCCAAUUCCCAAGGUCCAGAAUCCCACAGAUGACCCUGAGGAUGGCAAGGAGGGCACCACAAAGUCUUCAGAAAUGGCCCCCACUGAUGGGGAUGAGUUUGUUAAGGACAUUGAGGUUCCCAUUGAGCCAACCACUGGAGGCCCCAUGACAGUCACCCAGCAGGGGAAAGAAGACGCUGAGGAGGAAACGACUGAGGCCAACCCUUCAGAGGACAACGAGGCUUUGGAUGCUAAUGCUGCUACCACCAGUUUUAACGAGACCACUACAAACAGUGACCUUGAACUUCCUGUAGCAGAAGAUGCAGAUGAUUCAGUUCAACAAGUGAAUGGUACACAGACAGUCAAUGUCUCCACCACUAUGGCACCUGCUGGAACUUUGGAGCCGUCUGAAGUAUCUCCUUCAGAGGGAGUUGAAGAUAAACCCCUUGGGCUCUCUACCAUCAGUCCAGUGGAGGGCGAUACGACGGUUACUGUCACAUUUACAGCUUCUGAAGCUACAGAUGAGAAAGAGAAUCCAGACAGAACGGAAGAAAACACAAUGGUACCAUCCCGUGAUUAUGUGCCAGAGACCACAGAGACUCCUGCUGACCAAGAUGUUGAUUUACAGGAGGAAGUUCCAGAUGGAAAUAACAUAAGCCAUGGUCUUCCUGCUCCAAGAGGUCGGAUGGGACCAAAAGAAACUGAAUCGGAUGCCAUACCAACCCCAGCAGCUCAAGAGCAGAAUGGCACACCUGCUUGGCUGAUAAUCUUCUCAUUUGUCUUGGUUGUCGGUGCCUUGCUCUGUGUAUUUGCAGCUGUUGCCACCAAGGAAAGGUGGUAUGGACCAAGCCGUCAGACAUCCGCCACAACCAAGGACAGCGGUGACGAUAGUGAGAAAAAAGCAUCAGUGUCACUGACUGUGGAGAACCAAAACGAAAUGGUGACGCUCAUGAACAAGGGUCAAGUCCAGACAAACGGCAGGACGGAUGAGUUCACUGUUAUUGCUUUGGAGGAGUCCCCAGAGAAAGAGUUCUUGGCAUGAGGGGGGAGCCACAGAGGCCGAGUUUAGUUCUUCUCUUUGAUGAAGCUGUAAUAAUGGUGCCCCCCCACCCCCACCCCCACCCCCACC